AGAGGCAGCUAAAUUCAGCUUAAAUUUCUCUGUGUCCAAAUCCCAAAGUCAUCUUUCUUUUUCAAUAAAACUCAUGUCACCUCUGUCUAUAAAGUGAAACAAAACAAACAACCCCUAAUGUUUUUUUCUCUUUUUCCUUCAUGUCUUGAGUCUAGUGUCAGUCAUAUUUUGUUCCUUUUAUAAUGGUGUCAAAUUCUUGAAAAGCUCAGAAAAAAACUACCAUAACUGUCUUCCCAAAUUCUUGAAUUUUGUAAGUUUCUUGAAAAAAGAUUAGUAAAAAAGAUAUGAUUCUGUUUCUUGGUUUGGUAAUUAUAAUGGUGUCAAAUUCUUGAAAAGCUCAUAAAACUACCAUAACUGACUCUUAAGUUCUUGGAUUUUGUAGGUUUCUUGAAAAAAAGAAGAGUAAAAAAGACAUGAUUUUGAUUGGUUUUUGAGCAUUUUUAGUUCUUGUUUUUAUGAUGGUGUCAAAAUCUUGAAAAGCUCAUAUAACGCAUGAUUUUGGUUGGUUUUUGACCUUUUUUAGUUCUUGUUUUGGUAAUUAUAAUGGUGGUCAAAAUCUUGAAAAGGUCAUAAAACUAACAUUACUGUCUUCCCAACUUCUCAUAUUUUGUAAGUUUCUUGAAAAAAUAAGAGCAAAAAAGCCAUGAUUUUGGUUGGUUUUUGACAUUUUUAGUUCUUGGUUUCAAAAUCUUGAAAAGGUCAUUAAACUAACAUAACUAUAUUCCAAAGUUGUUGAAUUUUGUAACUUUCUUGAAAAUAGAACAGUGGAAAAAGACAUGAUUUUGGUUGGUUUUUGACAUUGUUUUAGUUCUUGAUUUAUUGGUAAUAUUAUGGGAGAAGAAGAGGGGUGGGGUUGGGCACCAACACCAAGUGGAUCACCAAUGUACAUAACAAAAGAUGAUCAUUGGACUCAUUUUGACAACUCCGUUAAUGCUGUUUCUUUUGGAUUUGUUGCUACUGCCAUUCUUAUCUCUAUGUUCCUUAUCAUGGCCAUUUUUGAGAGGUUUCUUAGACCUAAUUCGCCGGCUUUGUCGCCGUCCGGUGGCCGGAAUCUUGGUGAUAUCGAUUCCCAAAUUGGUUUCAAUGGAAAACUUGGUUAUCCAACAUCCAGAGUAUCGACAAAUGCGCGAGAAGUAUCAGUGUUGAUGCCAGGAGAAGAUAUCCCUACUUUUAUAGCUAAUCCUGCUCCUGUACCUUGCCCUCCCGAACGCGAUCCAUGGCCUCCCCAUCAACAGCAUUCUUUACCCGGUCUUUUGAACCCGACCCAAAUGCAUAGUCCUAGCAUUAGGAGUUAUGUACAUACCAUUUAGACAUUAAAUUCCUAGCACGGUCUGCCUAAUUAGUAUGAAUAUUACGUUAAUAGAGUAAGAUAUAUUUUAAGUUGUGUUCCUUAUUUUCUUCUUUUAAUUUUAUAUUAAAUCUGAAACUUUGAGAUGGAAAUAGCAACAGAAGCUUUAGCUUGUGCUUCAGUUUUGUUGAAUAUCUUCCAGAUU